CCCCUCCUCCUCGUCCCUCCCCCAAGGCCCGGAAGCGAAAGCCGCUCCGCCUCUUCCGAGUGGGGUCACAGCCCGACUGUUGGUAGCCAGGUUUCCGAGAGUGUGGGGCGGUCGGCGGGUCAGGGCAGCCCCAGGCCCGGCGCCAUGUCCCGGAACCUGCGCACCGCGCUCAUUUUCGGUGGCUUCAUCUCCCUGAUCGGCGCCGCCUUCUAUCCCAUCUACUUCCGGCCCCUAACGAGAUUGGAGGAGUACAAGAAGGAACAAGCCAUAAAUCGGGCUGGAAUUGUUCAGGAGGAUGUGCAGCCACCAGGGUUGAAAGUGUGGUCUGAUCCAUUUGGCAGGAAAUGAGAAGGCUGUCACCAGCCCUGAUUUAGAAAGGAGAUUUCUUCAUAGUUUUAUUCUACAUGGAAUACAGUCACCUCACCAGAGAAUGGUGGCUGGAGGAGAAAACUCUGUCAUGCCAUAAAUAAGAGUGCUUGUCAUAAAAGACUGCGCACAAGGAUUAAUAUGUCCCUUCUUAAGUAUCAAAAGAACUCUGGAACAAAUUAUACCAUUAGGAAGGUUUUCAUGAUUCAGUUGAUUUUCCAAAAAUGAAGCUGUCUCACCCAGCUGGAUUUGGAGCAAUCUGCUUAUUAUUCUGUCGUUACCACUUACCCAAGCGAGCUGUGAUAUGAAUACAAGCAACCAGUGGGCUUGGGAAGGUCCGGGUCUAUUUUGCCAUCUUCCAGACAAGAGAUUUCAGUCAAAAACUGCCAUGCUGAGCUGCCUUGUAGAGCUCUUGAGGAUGUUCAAGUUGAUAAAGCUCUUUGAGGACAAGGUACUUCGUGCUGUUUAAGAAUAAACAGCUUCACCCCCUCAUGCAGAAGAUUGCGCCACGGUGGAAAAUAAAUAUGAAGCAGGUCACACUGGAUGCAUACCCUUGCAUAGAAAUCAAUAAUCAAUUAACAGAAGUGAAAAAUACAUAUUAAAAUGAUUUAUUUCUACUUUGCAA